CAUAGUGUUCUAUAGUUUUCAAUUGUUUUGUCUAAAUGUAUAACAUCGAGUAAAAUAUCACAUCUUUCAAAAAGUCUAAAUUUUUUCACAUAUACUUUUAUAUUUCAAGAAAAACUAAUUUUACGAGUAAUGAACACGUAUUGGAUUUGUUCCGAAUUUAUUCGCUAGGAUUAUUGUCAUCACUUUCACUUUUCACGCUUUUUGCCGAUAAUAGUGGUUUCAGUUUGUGUACAUUACAACAAACUCCAGUCGCCAUGGAUGACACCAUGUCGACUCUAACGAAAAUGACCCGCGCAGUCAAAAAACUUGAAGUUCCCAGACCCCUUAAAUCGACGACUAGUUCUGCACAUAACCGCAACUCGGUAUUAGAUGUUAAAAUAAAUUCUGUUGAUGACCUAAUAGUACUGACGGAGGCAGUAGCUUAUCAAAUGAUGCAGGGGAAUUUUGAUCGGGCUCUUCAAAGUAAUGUUUCCACUAUGUAUUCCAAUCUGAAACUCUAUGGAGCUCAACUAGAGGCAUUGUAUAAAGACUUCUUAGACAGGUAUUUUGUUGUGUUCCGCAAUGGAUCCCAGGAUGAGCGACUAGAUAAAAAAACUCGACUUCAUUUGCUUGAGUUAAUUGAGUUGCGCGCUAAACACUGGCAGGGUUCUGAUUAUAUGAGUCAAUACUACCGACACCGUGGCACCCACGCAGAGCCACUCUUGGUGCCAACAAUGGAGGGUGCGGGGUCCGGUGGCUCGGUGUCCCCGACGCUGGCUGCGCCCGCCGAGCCGCCGACCCUGCUGGGACCCGGUGAAGUGAUCAAGCCGUCCGGAAAGUUCCCCAAGCCCACUAAGAUACCCGGAAAGAAUUAUUCCAAGGAUGAGGUUGUUAUUCGAAAUGCUGAUUCUGGGAAAGUGAUGGGUAUCAAGGGCAGGCGGGUGCACAUGAUCGAGGAGCUAAGUGAUACAAUAAUAUCCUUUCAGAGAGUGAGCCCUGGAGCUAAAGAGCGAUUGGUGCAAAUUACUGGACCCAAUGAGGAGAAUGUAAACCACGCAAAACACCUGAUUGGCGACACGAUUCGCCGCAACGCGUCGCCCGUGCGGCUGGAGGGCGCGCUCGAGGGCGGGCUCGGCGCUUCACGCGCUUCGCUAGACUCCAACGGUUCCGAUGAACCGGUGCGCCCUAGAGAGAAAUCGCCGCAUAACAAUAGGGCUCUACUGCAUAGCUUUUCCACCAACGAUGCUGCCCUGGGAGAGUAUAAGUACACUGUGACUUUUGGCCAACAUUCCAUUAAGAUCACUGGUAACAAUUUGGAUCUCGUUAAGACGGCGAAGCUGGUGCUGGACGAGUACUUCGAGAGCGCGGGCGCGCUGGAGGCGAUGGGCGCGGGCUCGGGCGACUUCUUCACGCUGUCACAGCGGCCCGCCGCCGCGCUGCUGCUGCGCGACGACGCCGCGCUCAACGGCGCCGACGACGACGACGUGUUCGCGCCGCCGCAGACAGACGAGAACGCAGUUGAAGACGUCAUCGGAAGCGACGGCGAGGCGGUGCCGCGCCGGCCGCGCUUCUCGCGCGCCACCUCCACCGACAAGAACCAAGGUGCAGGCGCAGCGGGCUCGCGGCAGGUGUACACGUACGAGACGCUGGUGCAGUACGCGGACUCGCCGCUCAGCAAGCUGCCGCCGGCCGGGCUGGCGUCGUUCCCGCCGGAGCUCGCGCGCAAGAGUUGCCUGGAGUUUGACAGCGCCAGUUAUUUGAAGAAGGUUCGUGCUGCGGUCACCGUCGCCGCCGUAGACGCGCCCGACUCGCCCGAACCAGAGUAAUCUCCCACACAUACGCGCACGCACUCACCUCACACACACACACACACACGUGCGCGAGUGACACACACAGUUGCCUGAGCAUACAUUUCCAGCAGCUUCACUCCUUAUUUAGUCAUUCGCGAGACCCGCGUCUUUGCUUUCGAGCUAGGUUACCCGUAGAGUCCUGUCGCUAUAGCCUAGCUAAGACCCGUCCGUCUCUCGAAGAUUUCUCACGCGCUUGAUAUACUAAUAUAGCGGACUUAUAUUUUACUCACUAAAAGUAUUAGCUCACCAAAAUAUUUAUUUUAUUUAAUGUGGAUAUCGUAGUAUGUAGUUUUUAAUCCAUUAUUUACGAAAUAAUGAGUGUGGAUCUAAUAGAGUUUGUGAUAAAUUGUAAUUACGCAGAGAUAUGUUGCGUUGUUAAAAUUCUUCGUCCGCAAUAUGUGAUCUCUUUUCGUAAUACUUUCAACACUAAUGCAUUGCUCUUAAAUAUUUACUCUGUGUUUAGUAUUUUCGAUUGAACAAUUAACGUGGCGUUUAAAGCAGACAUGAUUGAAAUGGAAUUUAAAACGUAGACGUCCGAUGUGCAUGUUCUUAAUAUAUUUUUGUUGUGUAUACUCUGAAGGAACAUUUAGUUUCUUAUAUCAUAGAGUGAUUCCAUUUAUUUUAAGAAGAAUGCAUGCAUUUCUUUGUGUGUUUGUAUACUCAUUCAAACUUGUAUCUAGUGUCUAGUCUUGUCAAGUAGAUAUCUCAAUAUGUCGUAAGAUUUUAUUUUCACAGGAAACGCCUGGAUGGUAUAACUUUCGUUGAUCUUUAUAUUAUAUAUGUAUUUACACGCAAAUUUCAUAUUGAGAUACGGUUUUUUUUAUUAUUUCGUUGAUUAUUUUUAUUGUGAAAUUAUCACAAAUCUGGAUUCCAGUCGUUCCAGGCUAUCCUCUAUUGUUUAGAAAUAUUUCACGAAUAACUGAUGGAAAAUAUUAAAAAUAUUUAAGACUGUUAAAUACAUAUUUAUAUAUGUUUAUGAUGCUGUUAUAAGAGCCUUAUAAUAUUUUAUAUUUGUAGCAAUGCUACGUAUUUUAUUCAUUAACUAUUAAAUUAAAAAGUUUAUUUGUAGAUUCGUUUCGGAUUUCGUUUGAAAUUAAUAUAGUUAAAAGCCUGUUUUUAUGAUUGAUAAUAUAUUUUAUUUGUAUUUGGUGCACAUUGAUAUAAAUGUCACAUUUCAUUACACUGGGGAAAUGGAAUAGAAAUCUGCACUUAGGUAUUUAUACACUCUGGAAUAUAUCUCUAUAAAAAGUACUAUUGAAAAUGAAUUUGUUUUAAAACGGUGCUCAUUGGAAAGUAUUACCUUAAAUUUUGUAUUUGUCCAUUUUUUUGUUGUAUAGUAAUACAAAGGCUAUAUUGUGAAAAUUUAUGAUAUACUAAAUUUUAUAAUAAA